GAGGAAUUCUUUCCCCGCCUAACGUUGCAAGGGACACAAUUCACUCCGAGUCUCCCUUUCCAAGCCGCUGCCAAACGUUCCCAGUGCCCGCAGCUCCCGGUCCUCAGAAGAGAGAGGAGCCCUCUCUCCACCUUCCACUCUCCCUCUCCCUCGCUGCUUCCCGCCUCCUCUAGCUACCUCCACCUCCACCUCCACCUCCGCCACCCACCGCCCGCAGCGCCUCCUCCUCCUCCUCCUCCUCCUCUCCUCCUCCUCUCCUCCUCCUCCUCCUCCCCUCUCUCUCUUUUUGGCAGCCGCUGGACGUCCGGUGUUGAUGGUGGCAGCGGCGGCAGCCUAAGCAGCAGCAGCCCUCGGCGCGCGCCAGCUCCGCCAGCUCUCGUCGCCCCUGCCUUCUCCAGCCUUCUCCAUCCCGUCUCCCCGAAAGGUGCUGGGCGGAUCCGGGGCGGCGGCGGCGGCGGCGGCGGGCGGCGGGCGAGCGGCUGCAAGCGGCGGUAGCGGCGGAGGCAGCGGGAACGGCGGCGGGAGGCAAGGAUGAGCGCACGCGGUGAAGGCGCCGGGCAGCCGUCCACUUCAGCCCAGGGACAACCUGCCGCCCCGGCGCCGCAGAAGCGAGGACGCGGCCGACCCAGGAAGCAGCAGCAAGAGCCAACCUGUGAGCCCUCUCCUAAGAGACCCAGGGGAAGACCGAAAGGCAGCAAAAACAAGAGUCCUUCCAAAGCAGCUCAGAAGAAAGCAGAGGCCAUUGGAGAAAAACGGCCAAGAGGCAGACCUAGGAAAUGGCCACAACAAGUCGUUCAGAAGAAGCCUGCUCAGGAGGAGACUGAAGAGACAUCCUCGCAAGAGUCGGCCGAGGAGGAUUAGGGGGCACCGGCAUUUGAUUUCUACCUCAGCAUCAGUUGGAUCUUUCGAAGGGAGAAGACAUCGCAGUGACCACUUACUCUCUACUGCCACGGU